AUGCCAUUCUUCGAUAUGCACGCGUAUAAACACGUCAACCUCGACGUAUCACCAUCCGAAAAUCCACAAGGACAAGAUUUACCCCUCAACGACGUCUCCACACUCAGAUUCUUCUUCAACUUGGGCGUACAACAAUCUCGCGUCGUUUUGUUGAAUCAACAUUUAAAUCAACAUCCUUCAGCAAGAUCGCAAGGAUCGAAUUUUGCUACUCCUGCAGCUCCAAUGGUUGGUCUAGGUGGCAAAUCUCCCCCCAAUCAACCAGCCGCUGUUCAACCUCCGCAACCCAUCAAUCUUCCCGGUAUUCAGUUAAAACAACCGCAAGUUCAAUCGCCUAAUGUUGCAAAACCGGGAAGUCUAGAAGCUCUUUUACUUCAACAAGCUCUAGCUGCUGCUCAAAAUAAUGCUUUUCGUAUGCAACAAAUGAUACAACAAGGAUCUGUGGCAACAUCUAUUCCAGCCCCAGCUCCAGCUCCUCUUGGCCUUCCACCUGGAUUUCGGUUAAAUCCUGAGACCCUCAAACAACCUACUGAUGCAAUUUCUCCGCGUCCAGCGGUUCCUGUUGAUCCAGCUCCAAGCCAAAUGAAUCUUUGGAUGCAACUACAGCUGUUACAGCAAGCUCAAGCUGUUGCUGCUGAAGCUGCUGCUCAAGCUGCCGCUCAAGCUGCUGCUCAAGCUGCUGCUAAUCAACAAGAAAAUACGAUGAGGAAAAUUUCGGCGGCAACCGUUUUAGUUGGAAUUCCGCUCAGCGCUGCUUUAGCUGCCGCGCUCAGUUUGAGUCAAAGGAGUAUAGCUGGACAGCAACUUAGUCGACCAGCUACAGCGAAUAGUGGAAGUGCUGGAGGAGAGGAGAUGAUCAAUGCCUCUCCAAAUCUUAUACAAGUCUCUGAAAACACUUUCAACAAAGGGACUGUUGGGCAAAGGGAUUCCAAUAGCCCAGCCAUCGGCAUUCGUCGACCACAAUCAGACGCGAGAAUGGUCUCCACUGCUCCCGCAUUUGUUGUCGCCCUUCCACCGGUGGAAGAUCCAGAGAGCUCAGCAGAGCCUGCCACGGUCGACAUCGAGUCGAUGGAAGAGUUUGUAUGCAAAUGGGCAACAUGCGGGAAAGAGUUCACAACCAAACAGCCCUUCUAUGAUCAUGUUAAAACCAUUCAUGUCAAUCCAAUUAUUGAGUACAUUUGUGAGUGGGAAGAUUGUAAGAGAAAAAAGAAGCCCUUCGAAGCUAACUACAAGCGCGUCGGGGAUCUCAAAGUCCACAAACGAUCUCACACCGGCGAAAAGCCAUACAAGUGUACCGAAUGUGGAAAGGCGUUCAGUAAUUAUAGUGAUCAAGCCAAACACCAAAAUCAAACCCAUUCAAAUGUGAAGGGUUUCAAGUGUCAAUAUGAAGGAUGUCCGAAGGCUUACACCGAUCGAGGAAGCCUCCGCAAGCACUUUAGAGGGAGUCACGGUGAUAAGAUGAAUGAAAAGAAAAAGAAAAUGAACAAGUUAAUGGAAGCUGGCAAACGAUGGCCGAAAAAGAGCAAGAAGGGUUGUGGCUCAAAAUAUCGUGAAAGCAACAUCAGGCCUGGCUCUGGAGGGCGAGAAGGUGAGACGAGUGCGAAAAGUGGAAACGAGAAGCCGAUCAGUGGGCUUCGGCUCAACGUUGAAGGAUAUCUCACUGCUGAUGCAGAAUUGGGAGAAAUCGCAGAAUCGGAAGCAAUUGAGCUGGGACUUCCAGAAGGGAGACGUGAAGGCAAUCAAAUCUACAGAAGUGGCAACUUCGGGCCGCUUUAUGAACAAACUGGACGCAUGCGGGUUGCUGGCUAUGAAGAAGAUCAAGACAUAGCUGAGGUUGUUAGUGUAAAAUCAAUCAGUGAGCAAGUUCGAGCCAAACACCAAAACGCCCAUUCAGAUGAGAAGCGUUACCUGCGCGGUUAUCAAGGAUGUCCGAAGGCUUACACCGAUGGACAACGAUGGACAAAUGGCCCUGACUCGGCAGGACCUUCAUCGGAAUUGGAA